AAAAUGUGUAAGUAGGAUUCACGUCAAGAAUAAAAAAAAGCAAUAGCGGGAGUCAUCAUCGUGUAUUGUUGUUUGUGAUCUCCGAACCCAACACAUCACUCUUUUCUGUCGAGAUCUCCAUCUUCCUCACUCACUCUCUCUGCUUUCUGAACCAAGCAGAUGGCAAUGCAGGAAGAGAGCGCUGCUCCUAGUCCUCAAGUUGUUGGCAAUGCUUUUGUGGAGCAAUAUUAUCACAUUCUGCAUCAAUCACCUGACUUGGUGCAUAGAUUCUAUCAGGAUUCAAGUCUCUUAAGCAGAUCAGACAGCAAUGGUGUGAUGAAGACUGUAACAACCACAAAAGCAAUCAAUGAAACAAUUGUUUCCCUGAACUAUGAAGAUUGUACUGCAGAAAUAAAAACUGCAGAUACUCAGGAGUCCCAUGAGAACGGUGUGAUAGUUUUAGUAACUGGAUGCUUAACUGGGAAGGAUAAUGUGAGAAGGAAGUUCGCACAGACAUUCUUUUUGGCUCCACAAGACAAAGGAUAUUAUGUCUUAAAUGACGUCUUUAGAUAUAUUGAAGAGAAUGAUGCCCCACAGUUAAAUUCUGCUUCAAUAAAUGUCACCAAUGAAAAUUCCGAGGCUGUUCACAUACCAGAGUCAGAGGAUAUACACCCUUCGGAACAUCUUGUGGAAGACCCUGCAACAUCCGCAGAGGGUGAAAACUUUAAUAAUGGUGCUGAAGUUUAUCAUCCUCAGGAAACCAAGGAAGAUGUGUCGGUUAUUGAUGAAGAGGUUGUCGUACCGAUCACUGAUUUAAGCGAGAAUGAUAUUGUUACAAUUCAUGAUUCAACUCCUGCAGUCCAGGAUGACGCACAAAAGACAUCAUAUGCAUCCAUAGUAAAAAGUAAAACAGCAACCGGUCAUGUCUAUGUUCCCAACCGAGCCGCAAGAGUUGCAUCUGCUAAAUCCAAUGAACAAUGGCAAGCUACCGCAAAAUCUACUCAUAGACCUGAGGCAUUUGCUCCUAGUAGUGAUAGUACACAAGGGAGUAGUGAUGUUCCUGAAGCAGCUGAAGGUCAUUCCAUAUACAUACGGAACUUGCCAUUUAAUGCAACAAUUGAACUUCUUGAUGAGGUUUUUAAGAAAUUUGGUCCUAUUAAGCAUGGUGGAGUCCAAGUAAGAAGCAGUAAGCAUGGUUUUUGUUUUGGCUUUGUUGAAUUUGAGGAAGUGAGUUCUGUGCACAGCGCACUUAAGGCGUCACCUAUCACUGUUGGUGAGCGACAGGCUGUUAUUGAGGAAAAGAUAUCCACUACACGAGUCAGCGAUGGCGGAAGAGGGAGGUAUCCUUCAGGAAGAGGUGGUUUCCGAAAUGAGGGUUUCAGGGGGCGCGGGAGAUUUGGUGGUGGACGAGGUUAUGGAAGAAACGAAUUCAGGAACCAAGGGGAAUUCUCAGGACGGCCUAGGAGCUCUCAUCGUUCAAGUCAAAAUGGAGGUGGGCGUGGUGGACGUCAUGGUGCAGGGAACCAUAAUGUUACACCGUCUACUACAGAGUGAGCACAUUGGUUAAUAAUAGAUAAAGAAGAAAACAAAACAAACGCCGGUGAUAAAUUUUUUAUAAGCCAAACACAAAAACCUCUUUGUCUUCCCUUGUUUAGGCACAAGUGCAAUAUUUCAUAAUUGCAAUUUGCAAUCAUUCAAAUAGAAGAUGAGUGAGUUCAUCAACCCUUCAGAAGUGUUAUGUAUUGGUCAUGUAAUUUUUGUUUUCCACUUCUCGUCCAUCUCCCAUACUGUUAGAGUCAUAUUGAGCAAGAGUUUUCCUCUUCCUCUGAUUGAGUUAACAUAAAUCUCCAAUGUGGAAGUUUGCCUUGUAAAUUGAUACUAUGUGAAUUCCUUUUCUCUUUGUAAUAAGCUUAAUGGAAAUGGAAACUAUUUAUGAUUGA